AUGAACGAUAAAUCUAAUUUUGAAAGUUAAAGUGCAGAUUAAUUAAUGGUAUAGAUGACAUAAAACUUUAUGGAAUUCAAAAAUUACAAGUCGUAAUUAAUUAAGGAAGCUAAUUCAAAUAGUGGGGAUCAAGCUUUUAACAGCAAAUGCUUUGAGCUUUUUUAAAAGUGUUUUUAUAAGAAGACUAUUGUUUUAGAAAUGUUGGAUUACAAAAAACUUAAUAAGAUUGCCUUAAAUGAAACAGAAAAUCAUUUAUUUGUACAAUAACUUUUGACUAUUGCCUAUAAUUAGGAAAGCAAGCAUGUAGAUUAACUAAACAAGAAAAAAGUAGAUGAUUACUUCAAACAAUUGAGUUUAAUUUCUCCUUAGCAGGCUAUUGAUAAAAUGCAAAAAGACUUGGUACAACAAUAGGACACUUAUCUCAAAGAAUUACUUAAAAGAAACUUAUAAAAAUUUAAAGAAGAAUAAGAUAAAUAUAUCAAUAAACCCCAGUAACAGGUAUCUUAAGGUAAAUAGUCAAUUCUACAGACGGCAGUUGUAGCAAAGAAACUCUAAUAAUUAAGAAAUUAAUAUAAGGAAUUUCAAGUUGAAGAUCAAUAAGUUUUGGCUUUCUUAAGUGAUUAAUUUAGUUUUUAUAUGAAGAAUUUGUUGGGAAAAGUCAUUUAAUCAGUUCUAAUUUAAAAGCCUGGGUAUGAAUUUAAAUUGUACUAAAAUAAAGGUGCAUCUGCUAUUGAUACAUAAUCAGUAAAAUACAAAUAAUAGAUGGAGAUGUAAAAAAAAUAUGGUCCUCAAAAGAAUCAAUUUAUUGAUUAAUCUUUAUUAGUUGGCACUGAAAAUAAACUUUCAUUAACCUACGAACUCUGUGACUACACUCCUAUUUAAAGGUAGGUGGAAUUUAGAAAUUUUCUGUCUGAAAUAGAACCUCAUUAGGAAGACAAACUAAAAAAUAAAAUUAGAAAAAACAAAUGGAAAGAAGAGCAUCCAGAAUUGGAGGAAAUAUUAAAAAAGAGAAUUAAGAGAGGGGCUGAACUAUGGAAUCAAGUGUAGGAUUUCCUGUGUAAAAGAGAAAAUAAUGAUUAUAUAGGAGAUUCAGAGGAGGAAUCUGAUAAGGUGAAGGAACAGCAACAAUAACUUACUGAUAAUAUUGAUGAUGAUUAAUUGGAUUUGAAAAUACAAGAUAUUUAAAGAAAUUCAGAACGUCUUUUGAUUGCUGGGAAAACACAUAUAAAAACUAGAUUGAAUAAUAUGGAAAGCGAUAAUCCGUUGUUGACUCAAAAGGUGAUUACUGUAAAAACUGUUUAAUUUGUGCUAGAAUAGCAUCCAUACUUUAGUAGAAGUAGAAUAUUAUAUAAAUCUUAUAUCUUAUGA